AUGGCUUCGGUGAAUGAACGAACGGCUCAGCAUCUGAACUUCUCCAGCUGCGGUGAGGAUGACUGUAGCGACAGCAGUCUGGAUGACUGGGCGCCUCGAAGCGUUCCCCUCCGAAGCCCCUCCGCCGCCUGCCAGACACCUAAGGCGCAGCGUCAUCGCGUCAGGAGCGCAACAGUAGUCUCUCCCUCCCUACCGACCUCACCCAUACCUUAUGCUGCUUGGAGGAAGCUAAGGCUUUGUGAAUCUCCCAGUACACCUAAGAGUCUAUUGUCCAAGUCAUCUCUGCCUUGCUCCAGUUCCAAACCUUGUCGAAGUCAGAGAGGUCUGGGCUACUCUCUGGCCUCUGACCCGCUGAGCGCUCGCAUGCCCUCCGUCAACAUAAACCCUUUCACUCCAGAAACGAUGUGCAGGAACAACAACCACUGCAAGAGGAAAAGUCGUAGGAGUGAUGACGAUGAUGAUCACAUUCACAGAUUAAAGGAAUCUCAAACUUCAUCAGAUGAUGAAGAGCUUUUUCUACCAUCAAAGAGGCCAGCAGUGCACUCCUUUAUGUUGUCACGCUACGAGAGUGAGUUUCUGGAGCUGGGCCGUAUCGGCGUGGGAGAGUUUGGCGCAGUGUACAAGUGUGUGAAGAGGCUUGACGGCUGCAUGUACGCCAUCAAGCGUUCACGACGCCCGCUCGCGGGUUCGGCUGACGAGCAGCUGGCAUUAAAGGAGGUCUAUGCCCACGCCGUCCUGGGCCAUCAUCCCCAUGUUGUACGUUAUUACUCAGCCUGGGCUGAAGAUGAUUAUAUGAUCAUACAAAAUGAGUACUGUGAUGGUGGAAGCCUGCUGGAUGCUAUCACUGAGAAGGAAGCACAAGGCAAACUGUUCAGGGAGCCAGAGCUGAGAGACCUGCUCCUCCAGAUCUCAUUGGGACUUAAAUACAUCCACAGUUCCGGCCUGGUGCAUCUUGACAUUAAACCCAGUAAUAUUUUCAUCUGUCAUCGGCCUGGCCCAAGUGCGGGCGGAGAGGGAGACAGCGAGGAGGAAGAGGAUGGAAACCCUUCCUCAGGAGUGGUUUAUAAAAUCGGGGAUUUGGGACAUGUGACAUCCAUCAGCAAUCCGCAGGUGGAGGAAGGAGACAGCCGCUACCUGGCCUGUGAAAUACUACGAGAGGACUACACCCACCUUGCCAAGGCUGAUAUUUUUGCACUGGGCCUGACUAUGCUAUCAGCUGCUGGAGCACCACCACUGGCUCAGAAUGGUGAGGACUGGCACAGCCUGAGACGAGCCCAGUUACCCAGCCUGCCACAGGAGCUCUCUUCCCCUUUCCGAAGACUUGUACAGGUACUGUGUGGAGACCCUGAGCCUGCCUUACGACCGUCAGCAUCUGCGCUGUGCAGACACCCUACACUCUGCAGGGAGCGAUCUGGCAAACUGGCUGCACAGCUGCGUCAGGAACUCAAUGUGGAGAAGUUCAGGACUGCCAUGCUAGAGAGGGAGCUCCAGGAGGCUCGCUCCGCAGUCCUCUCCCCACAGCAGCACUCUCCUGCUGUGGGUAAGAAAUCAGGAAAAACAGGAUCACUGCCAAGAACAGGACGGAGGCUUGUGGGCCGAAAUUCGGCACGAUCAAUGAGUUUUGGUUGCCCAGGGCUCUGA